CACCGAGGGUGAUCAACAGCUCUUGGGGCAAUAUUUUAGCUUGUGAAGUCACACUCCUCAGGAACGGAUCGAGCCGAGGCAGACGAGUUUCGCGUCGGUUUCUGUUUCAUUAAUAUUAAUUGGCAAUCCACAACAAACAGCAAUGGCUCCGUCACAAGGCAGCGGCGCCCCCGCCACCGAUCCGGACGCCGACCCAGAAGCCGCCGGGGCCUUCGCACCGUCGCCAACCUCAUCGACGCACCUCAAGACGGGCGCUGUCCUCAACUACACCACCAUCAAUCCGACGACGCCAUCGGCCAACCACGGCGCCGGAGGGCCCCAUGACGAGUCCCCCACCAUUCCCGGGAUCGAAAACAAUGCCGACACGGCUCCCACGGCGGUGGAAGCCGCCCGCCUUCGCCGAGGGCUUGCCCAGCGGCACCUCUCAAUGCUGGGGAUCGCCGGGUCGAUUGGGACGGGCCUGUUCCUGGGCCUGGGCGGGGCGGUGCAGCGGGGCGGGCCGCUCGGGGCGCUGCUGGGCUAUGCCGUCAUCGGCCUGGUGGUGUGCGCGGUGCAGUUCGCGCUCGGCGAGGUGGCCGCCCUGAUGCCCGUCACGGGCUCCUUUGUGCGCCACGCCGAGGCCCUCGUCGACCCGGCCUGGGGCUUCGCCAUCGGCUGGAACCUGGUCUACGGCAACCUGCUGAGCAUCCCGAGCGAGGCCACCGCCGUCGUCGUCCUCGUGCGCUAUUGGUGGGAGGACGUCAGCGCCGCCUGGAUCAUCAUCGUCUUCGUCGUCCUGACCGCCGGCGUCGGCCUCGCCUUCGUGCGCGUCUUUGGCGAGGUCGAGUUCGUGUUUGCCCUCGUCAAGAUCCUGCUCGUCAUCUUCCUCAUCAUCCUCGGGCUCGUCAUCAACCUCGGCGGCGUCCCCGGCACGGAGCGGAUCGGGUUCCGCUACUGGAAAGACCCGGGGCCCUUUGUCGAAUACAUCGCCACGGGCGGCUGGGGCAAGUUCCUCGGCUUCUGGGCCGUCAUGACGGGCGCCGUCUUCUCGUUCGCCGGCGUCGAGUCGCUUGCCAUGGCGGCCGCCGAGACGACGAACCCGCGCGAGGCGAUCCCGCGCGCCUGCAAGCGCGUCUUCAUCCGCAUCGUCCUCUUCUACAUGCUGGCCGUCCUCGUCGUCGGCAUGCUCGUCCCCAGCAACGACGACCGCCUUGACGGCUCCGGCAGCACCGUCGCCCAGAGCCCCUUCGUCAUUGCCGCCUCGCAGGCCGGCAUAUCCGCCAUCCCGUCCGUCGUCAACGCCGUCGUCAUCACCUCGGCCUGGUCCGCCUCCAACCAGGCCUUGCUCGCCGGCACCCGAGUCCUGUACGGCCUGGCGGUCAAGAGGCAGGCCCCCGGCAUCUUCCUCCGGACCACUCCGUGGGGCACGCCCUACGUGUGCGUCCUGCUGUUCACGGCCUUCAUGUUCCUCAGCUUCAUGAGCCUGUCUGAAGCCGCCAUCACCGUCUUCUGGUGGCUGGUCUCGCUGACGGCGGCCGGAGUGCUCUUUUCCUGGUCCUCGAUUCUGUUCAAUCACAUCCGCUUGUUGCAAGCUCUGAACAGGCAGGGCAUCGACCCAAGUCGGCUACCGUGGCACAACUGGUGGACAAAGUACUCCUCGCCCGCCGGGCUGUUCAUGUGCGUCAUCAUCCUUCUCACCAGCGGUUUCUCCGUUUUCACCAGGGGUAACUGGGACUCUGCACAGUUCGUCUCGUCGUACUUGGACAUCCCUAUCAUGCUUACUGCCUUCUUGUUUUGGAAAGUUUUCAAGAAGACCAAGAUUGUGUCGCUGGACGAGAUACCUCUUCGGGAUGCCCUAGCCCGGGCAGACGACUACUACCCGGAGCAAACACUGAGCAAGAAGAGCGGUUGGAUAAGAGCAAUAAGCUGGAUAUGGGAUUAGAGUCACCAGUAGAACAUCGCGUCAGCCGCCUACACGUAAACCCAGAGUGGCACCGACUCUCGAUACGAGCGGUUAUCUAUACCCACGUUCUAAUGUCACCGGCGCUGAGUGCAUGAGAUGCCGAUACUAAUCAGUAGAUGCGAGUAGAGGCUUGUUAUCCUCUGAGUCUCGAGGCCAAGACUGCCAGCGCAUCAUCUGUUCCGGUCCACUGAUGUGUCGUCUAUAGCUUAUUUGUUGAACCAAGUUUUCAGGAUAAGCAUUUUCUUUUUUUCAUAUCAGGUUGCUCAGGCUUGGAAUCUGCCUAAGAUCAGCGGAGAAAGCCACAAGGAUCAUGCACGUUUGGUGUUUCAAUCGAGG